GACACUACCGUACAUAAUUUGUUGUUUACAUCUGCGAAAAUAUGUGUGAUAAGUUCAUUCAAAAUUGCGUAAUGUGAACAAUUUAGCAGCCGGCUUCUGAGGUAAAAUCAUGGUUUUGCAGAGUAUCACAGACCUUGAUGAUGACGUUUAUCCGGGUGUUCAAGAGUAUGCCCGAUGUCAAUCAAAGGCAUUUUUGAAAGGCUUCAUUGGUUUUGUAGCAGGUGGAGCUGCAGGGUUAACAGCAAGUAUCUAUGCUCGGCAAAGAUAUGCUGCUAGGUUCACCCCAUCUCACACAGUUUCAGCAAUAGCAGGUGGAGCUAUUGUAUUUGGCUACCUGGCAGCAUCUAUCGCAUCCAGAGACUGCCAGAAGAACUGGGUAAGAAUGGCUCAAGCAGCGGGCUACAACGAUGAUGUCGUUACACCACACAGAACAGUCACAGAGCAACUCGGCGAGCCACAAGCUCAGGGCAACACCUCAAGUGCAAUAGCAAGUCGUGGAGGUCAAGACGAGGUUGAUGGUUCCGUUUCUAUGAAGACCAAAUAUGGAGAUACAAUGGACUAGAUGUUGGAUAGUUGGGAGGACUGGUGUGUAGCCAUGAUCUUGUCUGGCCGGCAACUUCAACACGGGAUGUUGAUGGACAUAUCUUAGGAAUCAAAUCCUUUGGGAUGUAUCAAGUGAUGUCAGAGACAUUAGAAGAUAUCAAAAGAAAAAAAGAGACUAUAUGACUGAAAUCAUGAGAGGUAAAAAAGGGAGAAAAGGAGGGGUAGAGAGGAGGGGAGGGUGGUGAAAUAUAGAUAAGAGAGAGCUGAGAGAAAGAAUAUCCAUUAUCUGCUAGAUAUGUCCAAGAACAAUGUAUGGGAAUUCACCCCCCCCCCCCCCAAUUCUACUCCAACCUUAAUCUACUUUGCUCCACUUCUGCAAAAGAAACUGCCACCUACAAACUACCUGAACUAUGCACUGAAAACUGGGCAGAGAAAGCUCUUUGAAGUGGAUCUUAGAAAAUUAACGAUUUAAUGUGUGAUUAAGAGUUUAUACUAGCUAUAAUUAAAACGUUGUGAAGGCUGUUUGGAGAUAUAACUGGUAUGGAGGAAUCUUUGUACUGGCAGAAUCAUGUUUAAUAAAUUAUAUGAUUUUAUCUGAA